AUGGCCACUAAAGUUUUUACCAAUGGGCGCUUCUUCACGGGGGACGGGUCGGAAGAAGAGCCCUCCUUCGAGGAAUGCAUGGUGGUCAAGGACGGCACCAUCGUCCACGUCGGCAAAUCCACAGAUGCAGAGGUGUCCCAAGCCCGAGAAGAUGGCGCUGUUGUUCGAGACCUCCAGAAGAAAUACGUUCUCCCGGGCUUCAUUGACGGACACAUGCACCUCCUGCUCCUGGGGCAAGCACUUCAAAAACUAGACCUGGAUGGCUGCAAAGACCUCGGUGAAAUCCGCGACAGAAUCAGCCAGUAUGCCAAACAGAAUCCGCAUCUAACUCGGAUCAUGUGCAAGGGCUGGAUGCAGAUCAUGACGGACAACGAGGCUCUCGCGUCAAUGAUUGACGAUCUUGAUUCCCGGCCCAUAUACAUCGAUUCCAAGGAUCUCCAUUCUACCUGGUGCAAUACCCCGGCCCUGGAGGAGCUCAAAGUAGCCGAGAUGCCAGACCCUCAGGGUGGCACUAUACACCGAGAUGCUGAGGGCAAGGCGUCGGGUCUCUUGUCCGAGUCCGUCGUAUUUUCCACAGUCUGGCCGUACCUAGCGCGUGUCGCUUCCAUGGAGGAGAAACUAAAGGCUCUCCGCACCGCCAUUGCCGCAUACACCGCGUCCGGGUAUACAGGCCUGGUGGAUAUGGCCAUGGACGAGAAUGCGUGGGAAACACUUUUAGUUCUGCGCCAACAGCAGCCGCACGGCAAGCUGAGUCUGCGAAUUGCGGCGCAUUGGUUGAUUGUGCCGUCGGCGGAUUCAGAGACAGAUAUCAAACAAGUGGAAAGGGCAAUUGAACUGCAUGCCAAGUACAACUUGGACAGUUCACCCGACCUCCGCAUUGCGGGUAUCAAGGUCAUAUGCGACGGAGUUAUUGACGGGUGCACGGCCGCUCUUCUAGAACCGUAUACGCUCAAUGGCGUCUCAUGCGAUUCUCUAUGGCCAGAGGAAAAACUGACGCCUGUCGUUAGUCGCGCGGUCAAGGCGGGACUUCAAUGCGCGCUCCAUGCCAUAGGCGACAAGGCAGUGCACAUGGUAUUGGAUGUGUUGGAGGCUCACGGUAGCCGCGAUGGCCGGCACCGAAUUGAGCAUCUCGAAAUGACGACUGCUGAAGACGCAGCGCGGCUUGGAAAGCUGGGCGUCACGGCGUCGGUGCAGCCGGUGCAUUCAGACCCUGAUAUUCUCCGAGCAUGGCCUUCUCUGAUCGGGCCUGAGCGAUGUCGUCGUGCAUUCGCAUAUCGCGAUUUUGUCGAUGGCGGUGCCGCGCUGGCGUUUGGCUCUGACUCUCCCACUGCCCCAUUCAAGCCUUUGCCGAACGUCUAUAUAGCGACUACGCGCCGCUCUGCUCGACUGCCUGAGUCGGAGGAGACAGUCAACCCGAACUUUGCUUUGCCGCUAGUUACUGCUUUCACGGCAGCGACGACAGGGGCUGCAUACGCAUGCUUUGCGGACAGGAUUACGGGGAGGCUGAAGAAGGGGCUCAAAGCAGACUUUUUGGUUGUGGAUAUGGAGUGGUCGAAGGAGCAGUUGUUGCAGGCAACUGUGGGUGAGACUUGGUUUGAGGGGAACCAGGUAGAACACAUUGAUUAA